UGGUAACAUCUAGAUCAAAAUGACCGAAAAACUAGAAGAAUUAGUAGAACCAUAUCAAGAAAUACAAGUUGAAGGAGAUAAAUCUAAGACUAAAUCUACCCUUACGUAUGAAGAAAUUGAAGAUUGUGCCAAGUUUAUAAAGGAAGCUACAAAUACAACUGCUAAAAUUGCAGUUAUAGCUGGAUCAUCAAUGGAUACUUUGGGUUUAAAUGUAACAGAAGCAACGACCAUUCAGUACGAAUUAAUUCCACAUUUCCCAAGAAGUGAAUCAUCUAUUGGUAAAAUCAUCGCAGGUAAUAUGGAGAACACACCAGUUUUGAUUUUUAAAGGACGGUAUCACCUUUAUGAUGGUUACACGAUGCAAGAAUGCACCAUGCAUAUAAAAGUUUUAAAAUUACUCGGUGUUAAGGUUUUAAUUAUAAUUAAUACUUCCGGGGGAAUUAAUCAAGAUUACAAAAUCGGGGAUAUAAUGUUGGUUAAAGACCAUAUAAAUUUACAAGGAUUUGCAGGACAAAAUCCUUUAAUUGGUCCAAACGAUGAACGAUUUGGACCUAGAUUUAUUCCGAUGAAUAAAGUGUACGAUAAAGAUUUAUUGGGGAAAGCGAAAAAAAUUUUAGAUGAAAUUGAAUUUGAAGGGAUGAUUCACGAAGGAGUGUACGCAACAGUUUCCGGGCCAGCUUAUGAUACGAUAUCAGAAAAUCUGUUUUUAAAAACUUGUGAAAUUGAUGCUGUUGGAUUGACGAUAAUUCCCGAAGUUUUAGUUGCUAAACAUAGCGGAAUGUCCAUCGUAGCUUUCUCAAUAAUAACAGAUCAAGAAAUUGUGGAUGAAAAUAACGAUAAAGAAUUUAAUCACGAGGAAAUGAUUGAAAUUUGCGAUAAAAGAACAAAACAACUCAAUGAAUUCUUAGAAAAAUUUGUUAAAAUUGCUGUCUUAUCUAAGGAAGAGGGGGAUAUUGAAUGCGGGGGUGAUGAAAUCAUCACAAAAUCUUCCAAACGAAUACGUUGUAAAUGUAAUAAUCUUAAUUGAUCUAUUUUAAUAAAAAAAUUUGAAUUA